AUGGCAAUCGCUGCAGCACUCACUGCGGUCACUGCUCAAUACGCUAUUACUCUUGUUCUCAACGUCAGAUGGUACAAACUCAACUGCAUUGUCUUGGGCAAUGACCCAAACUGUAUUUUCCCCGUCGACAUUGCACAGACACAGACUGUCAGUGACCUCAGAGAGGUCAUCAAAGACGAGAAGAAGCCACAAUUUGACUAUGUUGACGCUGACGGUCUGAUGCUGUGGCAGAUCGACCUGCCUAUCGACGAGAUGAUCGAGCGCAAUCUUAGCAGUCUUACACUCGACACAAAGAAACCCCUAUCACCUGUGAAGAAAUUGCAGAAAGUUUUCUCUAAAAUACCUGUGCAUAAACACCUGCAUAUUGUUAUCCAAGGUCCACCUGCCGUGUCUUCUGGACCGCUCCACCUCAAACUUAACUGCUUUGUCUUGGGCGAUGAUCUUCACCGUAUAUUUCAGGUCAAGAUUGCACCGACGGAGAGUGUCAGCGCCCUCCAAAAUAUUAUCAAGGACGCGAAGGGGCCAUCAUUUGACCAUGUUGCCGCCGACGGUCUUGAGCUAUGGCAGGUUAAGAUCGAUUUGAACGACCUACACUUACUCGACGCGAUCAGAGAUGAAGGCGUGGAGUUGAAGCCGUUAACUGAACUGUCCGAAGUGUUCACGGAUGGAGUAGAGCGCAAAUAUAUUCAUAUCGUUGUACAACACAUUCCAGCUGUUGGUCGACGAUUCGCUUAUCUCAAGAAGGGCGCAGGUACUCCGUCAGCUGGUGCAAAACCGUCCGCAUUCUCUAUAAAGCAGGGCGAGCAAGAGUACCUUUGCAAUCGUCCUCGCAGAGCUGCGGACCCUGUUCCAGUUACUCUUCUCGAGCCUAUCUUCGCCAAGUUCGUGGAUAAUUGUCAAAAUCAUCAACCAACUGUCCGCGAUAACGACUUUGUUUGUCAACUGUCGGAAAAGAUGUCCUCCUUCUAUCCCGAUGAGCUCACGUGGAUGAAUGCAUUCCAGCAAGUGCUCCGCGACUACGGUAUCAAACUCAAUGCUUCUAUGGAUGGCUCGACAAAAUGGGCAUGCAUUGGCUUUGCAGGCUCUGUUUUCACAGAAAAGGUUCAGUCUGAUGUCCUGGUCCCUAUCAUUCCUCUGUUUUGGCAUUCAACAGACCUCCGUAUGCAAGUGAUGGCGGCUCGUACUUUUGAGGCUCUCAAAAUCGCCAUCGAGGAACUCACAAAACUGUACUCCCAUCCAAUUCCGUCCCUCGAACCUAAAGAUCCAUCUCUAGGAUGUCCUUAUCCUCGGAGUUAUAUCAAUUCAACUGGUCACACUCAGGAAUUCUCGUACGAUGAGACUCAGAUCCCCAAGGAUCGACUUAUCUUCUUUGGGGAAAUCGUCGGCGGUGCGGCUGGGAGCAAGAUAUGUAUCAAGUUCGUCAGGCACUAUUCCCCUGAGGCCCACGAAUUCUGUGCCAGCAAGGGGCACGCUCCCAAACUUAUCGCCUACAAUCCUUUACCCGGUGGCUGGAAUAUGGUGAUUAUGGAUGCCCUUGAUAUCGAUAAUGAUUGCUUCUCGCAACGGCCUGGCUCAUAUCGACUGCUCAGUGAGAUAGCUGUUUUGGACCGCCAGCCGCUGAAGGAAGCCAUCACCUCUCUUAUCCGGGAGUUACACGAUUACAAUGACGGCUACGUUCAUGGCGACCUUCGGGAUGCCAAUAUCGUUGUGGGAGACAACAAUCACUUCAUGCUGCUCGAUUUCGAUUGGGCUGGACCGAUGCAGAAGACCCAUUAUCCUAUGCAUGUUAAUCGGAAGGAUAUUCGACGUUCUGAUGGUGCGUGGGAUGGGGAGAAGAUGGUGGCGGAGCACGACUUGGAUAUGCUAAAUUAUAUAUUUUAUCCUGAGCAAGAUGGUCGGGAGCCAGCUGCAAAGCGCCGCGGUGAAGGGUCGCCAAUGACCAUUUGAUUCACAGGCGCCUCUCCAAGCCUUCCUCAGAUUUGGGAGUACUGCCAGGUUGCGCAACUUGCGGCGGCAGGCACAACAAGAGUCACAACUCGAAUCAUGGCUGAAAGGGGGUAGAAUUCUACUCGCGCGAUUUAGCGUAUGUUUCAGCUGGUCAGAUAUGUGUACCUUAGCGAGAGCUUCCGGGGGGCUCUGAAAAUCAUUCCAAUGUCACAAAACAUAG